AUUCAUUUUAGUUAACAUUCAUUUAAACGAGAAUAUUUUUUGUUAGAACGAUUGUAGAAUACAUGAAACGCUUUUCUUUUUUGCCAGGGUCAAGAGAAUAUACGGGAAAGUUGUAAUCAUAAAGUAAUCCAUUUUCUUGUGCUGGUAAAUUAAUUAAUUACUUUAUUGGUUUGUUAAAUCAUUCCUAGUGAAAUGCCAUUUGAAAGCAAUAUAAAAUCGUCUUCAUGGAAUACCUUAAGAGGAACGUACUUGGCUGAGUUAAUAAAACUACUUAUCGUCUCUGUCAUAUCAACGAAAAGAAUGUUUUGUUACAAAGUUUUGCUUGCAUGAAGAGAUGGAUCCUUUCGAACCAAUAAGUUACCUAGGAGACUCCCGCCCAAAGAAACAACUAGUCCUUACGGCACUUUGACACUGUCUUUAGAAAUAUUCUUAAAUCUUCGGUUUCCUCCUGUUUUCAUUUAUCUCAAAAUGGCUAUGACCUUUAAACAACAGAUGUUAUCUAUUUUUGGAAUUUUCAUAUUUGGUGGUCCUGUUUCGUUCAUCUUACUGAAGAACCAUCUAUAUGAAAAGCGAAGGGAAUACUUUAAACUGCAGAAGCAGAGAGAUGCUCAAAACACAAAAGACACCAAUUAAAUGAUUAGGAGUCUUAUGAUUCAGCGUUCGUCGACUUUAUAUUCUCAAGCGUUUCUUCCUCAAAGAGGAGUUUACAAAGUGUAGAUUUCCCACUCCCCCUUCUGAAUCCAUGCAUCAUCUGCGCUUAACAAUGUGAAAGAUUCCUUCCGCUAUUACAAUAUAAAGAAAUAAAGAAAAAGAAAAAGCAUACUCAGGACAAAUCCCUGGUACUUCUCAUUUUGUCUCCUUGGCUACAAGUAUAAAUGAGUUGUCAUUUGAACAAAAUAGGCACACUAAUAAAUAUUUUUUGUUUAAAAUAAUAACAAGUUGCAAACAAAAGAAAAAUUUACAACAAAAUGGAAUACGAAAGAACGAAUUACUCAUGGGAACAUUCAUUGCAAAACAAACACAGUUAUCUAUAUAGAUUACUGAAAUAUCCUCGUAAUUGUAUGGAAAACAAGAUGAAGGAAAAGGAAAUUAGGAAGAAUAAACAGAAAUAAUUCAUUGAACAUUGGGCACA